AUGGCCACCACCACCACCACCACAACCGACGAUUUCAGCUUCCCCACCACCGCCGACGCGGCCGGCUUCGACUCCCCACCUCUCUGGCGGCUCUCCCCCGCCGCCUCUCCCAUCCAUCGAAGGAGCUUUUCCCAUGCGGCCGAGUACACCAAAGCCCGCCAUGAGAACUUCAAUCACGAUGGUCAAGAUGGAGGGCAGACAAACAUGGAUAUGUUGUGGGAAGACUUCAACGAGGAGCUAUCGACGGCGGCGGCGAGCAGAUCCAAGCCUAGGGUGUACCCUGUGCGCGGCCACAGGGGAUUAUUACUGUCACCGCCACGUCAGAUUAGCGGCGGCAGCGUGGACGUGGGCUGCGGUGAAGGCCGGCUGCGGCUGUCUCCGAAACGGCGUAGUAUUAGUAGUAGUGGUGGUAGUGGGAAGCCGGGGUUUGUGGUGCUGAUCAAGGUGUUGAAGAGACUGUUCUUGCUUCACCACCACCACCACCAUAGCGGUGGCGGAUCACGGAGGGCGUCGCCGCCGGUCAAGGUUAAGAUCAACCGGUCGACAUGGUGA